UCAUUGGUUAAUAUUUUAUUCCGUUGACAUGUUUUCUUACUGCUAAUGCUUCCGACACCUUGUUGUCCACCCCCCUCUCUUAGAGCCUGGCUGGAGCUGUCAAAACCACGCCUAUAGAGGCCCACAAUUGGUCCAGAAAGCGUAAAAUCAGCAAUCAAAGGGGCUUGGUUCAUUAGUGUUGGGAUCGAGGCAGGAAGGACAUGUGAGAUAGUCACAGUUCUACAGCGAACAGGGCAAGAUCUAACCAUUUCAACUCCGUGUCCGUGUGGAAUGAUUGCUCUAGCCUUCCGAGAGACACAUCUUAUUUUUAUCAAAGCGAUUGGUGGGGAGAAAGAAGGAAACCCCGAUUCUGCUCUCAAAGCGUCGCUGCUUCUUUAUCUUUGACUAAUAUUGUUACUGCACUUCGUGGAGGUACCAGCAACGGGAGUUUACGUGUAGUAUAGGCUAGUUCCUAUCAAUUCAUUUUUUUCAGAUAAUAACCAUCUAUAACGCGUCUAUUCAUAGGCUAGCUAUCUGGCACCGUAUUCGAAAUUACUUCUGUAUACUUCUUAAAGAAAUAAGACUGAAAUAAAUUAUUCUGGAAACGGACCUACUAUUUUUGCCCAGGGGGGAGAAUAUCACUGUAUAUCAUCAUUUCACUUCGAUAUUUUGGAUGCACCGAUGAGAGAUCCAGUUUUCACAGGGACUGCCAUGGCUUAUCACCCUUUCCACGCUCACCGGCCGACCGACUUCUCCAUGUCAGCUUUCCUAGCGGCUGCGCAGCCCUCCUUCUUCCCGACGCUCACUCUGCAACACGGGGCUCUCACUAAGCCCAUGUCGGACCAUCUCGUCGGAGCCGCGGAGGCAGGGCUCCACCCGGCUCUCAGCCACCACCAUCAGGCGGCUCAUCUCCGCAGCUUGAAGAGCCUGGAGCCCGAGGAAGAGGUGGAGGACGACCCUAAAGUCACACUGGAGGCCAAGGAUCUAUGGGACCAGUUUCACAAAAUAGGAACAGAGAUGGUUAUUACCAAAUCUGGAAGGAGAAUGUUUCCUCCGUUUAAAGUCAGAAUAAAUGGGCUUGAUAAAAAAGCCAAGUAUAUUCUAUUGAUGGAUAUAGUCGCUGCCGACGACUGCCGCUACAAGUUCCACAAUUCUCGCUGGAUGGUAGCGGGAAAGGCCGACCCGGAGAUGCCCAAAAGAAUGUACAUUCACCCGGAUAGCCCGGCUACGGGAGAGCAGUGGAUGGCCAAGCCGGUUGCUUUUCAUAAACUGAAGCUGACCAACAAUAUCUCGGACAAGCAUGGAUUUGUAAGUACUACGAUUCUUAAUUCCAUGCACAAAUACCAGCCCAGGUUUCAUAUCGUGAGGGCCAACGACAUCCUGAAGCUCCCAUACAGCACGUUCAGGACAUACGUGUUCCCGGAGACAGACUUCAUUGCUGUCACAGCUUAUCAAAACGACAAGAUAACACAACUGAAGAUUGAUAAUAACCCUUUUGCCAAAGGAUUCAGAGACACUGGAAAUGGAAGGAGAGAGAAAAGGGAACCGUUCAACUCUAGGAAACAGUUGACCCUUCCCUCCCUGCGGAUGUAUGAAGACCAAUGCAAAGCAGACCGAGACGGGGGCGACUCUGAUGCCUCCUCUAGCGAACCAACAACUGGCCGAGAAAGUGCGCACUCCCCAAUCGGACCUGGAUCCAGCCCGCUUAGGUUCAGUCGAAUCAGCCGAGAUGAUAAAACCUGUACUGACAGUGAGCAAGAACUUGAUCAUCAGGAUGAGCGUUGUACCGCAUCGAACAGCCCUGGACCCGAGCCGCUCUCUCCCUUCAGCCCGAGGUGCGAGGACCGGGUGAAGGAUAAGCCGAGUCUGGACAAGAAAGACGACUAUCCGUGCUCAAGGAAGCCGAGUGACUCCAUAUUCAGGAACCUUGAGAAAGGAGACAAAACGGAGAACAGGCACAGGAAAGACACUACAGAUUCGUCAAAAAAGAACACCACAGACAGCGGCGGGAUAAGCGCAAGCAAGGAAAGUUUCUCCCCGCUCAUGGUUCAAACAGAGAGCCCAUCACACUUUAGCGCGAGCCACCUGCAGAGUCUGGCCCUGUCUGGCUUGCACAGCCAGCAGUUUUUUAAUCCCAUGAACGCCGGACAAAUGCUAUUUCACCCUGGACAGUUCGCUAUGGGCCCAGGAGCGUUUUCUGCCAUGAGCAUGGGACAUCUAUUGGCGUCGGUAUCUGGAGCAAGUGGUAUGGAAAACGGCAGCCUCUCCGCCCAGGGCACGGGGGGCACCCCGAACCCUUUCCCCUUCCAUCUGUCGCAGCACAUGCUCGCCUCUCAGGGCAUUCCCAUGCCGACCUUUGGAGGCCUGUUCCCAUACCCAUACAACUACAUGGCUGCUGCUGCAGCCGCGGCCUCCGCCAUGCCCGCCAGCACUACAGCCAGCUCGCUCUCGAGGAAUCCCUUCCUCACCAGCUCCCGCCCUCGGCUCCGGUUUAAUCCUUACCAGAUCCCGGUGUCUAUGGCCCAGAGCACAAGUCUACUCACCACCAGCCUGCCAGGCGGCCUAAACCCCGGCUCCGAAUCCUCCAAAUCGGGCAGCAGGGAGACGAGUCCCGUGCCUGAUGUCCACAACAACAAAGCGGGGUCGAGUCAUAGGACCAGCUCUCCCAAAUCGAUGAAGGACUCUAUCAAUGAGCUCCAAAACAUCCAGAGACUAGUGAGCGGCCUGGAGAGCCAGAGAGAGACGUAUCCCCCCAGAGACUCCCCUAAGUGAUCUCACUAAUGGAAUAAUAUAUUCCACCACGACUUGGCUUGAAAAUCAGAGGACUUUAUUAAACAUUUUGUACAGCACAUUACGCGAGGAAAUGGCAAUACCGGCCUACCUUUUCUCGCGCCUGGACGGAGCAAGGAAGCAGGGAAUGAAGGAGAGAGAACCAGCGUCAUCACUUACUGUUACUGUGUGGGGUACGCUUUCAAUAUUGUAGGAAAUUGAAGCAUCGAAAUAAUAUGAAAACCAAAAGUGAGCACUGAAUUUUUAGGCUGCUGGCUAAAACUUGAGUACACAAAGAGGAUACCAUACCACAAGGAGGAAAACUUACUAAGAACAUUCUUCAUGUAGAACAUAUUGAUGUUAAAAGGACAGUGGAAACGUCGUGGCAUUGUUUUUAGGGACUGAAGAAAGAAAGAACUUUAUCGAACUAUAAUCAAUAGACGUGCUUUUGAUUUAUGAUGAGAGCACUGCAACAGCAUAAGUACUGAAUGAACAUGGGUGAGCAACCUGUAGAAUGACAGGAAGACAAGCUACAUCCAAAAGGUUUUCAAAACAUAGGCUAUUUCAAAAGGGAUGGAUAAAAUAAACAUUCCGUUAAAAAUAAUUGAUAGAAGAAAGCUUAGGCCUAUCAUUUUUGCCAGAAAAAAUGUUUGAACUAUUUAUGUAAUUAAAAUUAAUUAUGUAAAUAAGCUAUAAAGGAAUCCAAUAAUAUGCAAUUGGUAUUAAUUUAUUCAAAACUGUACAUUGGUGUGUAUAUAAUAUUUAGAGUUUAACUCAUUGCUUUUUAUUCUUUUUUAUUUUACAUGAACGUAUAGGCCUUCUGUAAAUGAAAGGUAUUUAGCGCUUGUUGGUUUGAACCAAAACGUCUUUACAUGUAGUGCAUAGGCAUAGCUGAUUAUCUGCCUGUGACACGUGAAGGAAACAAACAUGUGUGCCAUGUUUAUCUGCAAUCUCUGUCUGCAAAAACUAAUAUCAGAAAAGAGAGAGAGAGAUAGAAAGAGAGAGGGAGAGAUAGAAAGAGAGAGGGAGAGAUAGAUAGAGAGAGAGAGGGAGAGAUAGAUAGAGGGAGAGAUAGAAAGAGAGAGGGAGAGAUAGAUAGAGAGAGAAAGCUGCCUAUUUGUCACAUUACCUGACUAUUAUCUGCAGGAGAGGCAGAGAUAUAGAAAAACCUCAGGUCAUUUCACUCCAACACAGGAGAGGAUGAUAACAUGUAUCUUUAAAUGGGGCACAAUGCAUAUCUAUAUAUAAAUAUAUUUAAUUUGAAAGCGUAUCUCGUUUAUGUUGGUUGUCCGGGUAAAUUCAUUUUUUUGUUGAAUUAUCUCAAAAUUUCAAUUAAAAAAAACAAUGUGUUAAAAA